GCUCCAAGACUCUCCAAUUUGACAAUUCUGAGGCAUGAGCACAAACAAACACUCACGCAGUGCAUUCAGUUGGCGAGCGUAAUAAAUAUGUGGGAAAAUUCCCACAUAUAUACAGUAUUCAGUGCUAGUGCCGAGAACUCGCAACGAAUGCGGACGCGUCUUUCACAUAUGCGUGAAAAACUAGCUGGCAACAACGGUGGCAAGUCCAAAUGCGAAGAAAAGCCAGUAAAUCGCGCGGCGAGUAAAGUGAACAAAUUCGGUGCAGACCAUUGCCGUUUCGGGGCGAAUAAUGUCUGCGUCUGUGAUAUGCGUCGAUUUGAGCUCGGAGUCUGAUGAGGAGUUUCAAAUUAUAUUUGCAGUCGCCGGCCAAACGACGACGACUCGAGGAUCCUCGGCGAGUACUACCGCCAUCCGGUAGGCAAAGUUUGCCUGCCAAACUUCUGAACAUACCAAAGGCCUCCCUGGGAUCCGCGAUGAUAGUGCCUGUUGCAGAAACAGGACCUGCAAGGGAGACUCCGGUCAUUGUGGAUCCACUCCGGUCCAUGCACAUCCCCAGUGGAAUCACCGUCACCAAGCACCAGAAGAACGUCCUCGCCACAAACGGAAACCUGACCAUUUCUCUGGCAGAGAGCAGCAGCAACAACAACAACAACAACACUACCAGCUUCAACAACAAUGUGACCCCGAAGCAGAUCAAUGUUGGCACCGGCCAGAAAGUGGCCUGGUCGGUGAGCAGCAAGGCGCCCAGUCCGAAUGCCGUGAUAACCACCGUGCCCAGCCACCAGGUGAGGGUGACGCCGUUUAACCCGAUUCGACUCGCACCCGGGUCAAAAAUAAUACCGGCGUCGAAAGCGAUGCCUGCAAAGAUCCAACCCAUUCUUGGGAUGGGUCAGUCUCCGCAACAAGCACAAGCCCAGCAACCGAAGGCCAUAAUACUGGGUUUUACGAAGCCCAAUACUGCAGUGGGUCAAACGGCGCAACACCAAAAACCUCUAUCGCUCCAAAUACACCAGAAAUUAGUUGCAGGACAGCAGAAAGUUAUGGCUUCUGUUAGCCAAAUAAAUCAGCUACCGUUGCAGCAGCAACAGCCACUUAGACCGGUGAGCAUUCAAUUGCAGCAGCAACAGAUCCAACGGAAUGGCCCAUUGCCUACACAGCAACAGAAGCCACUGGGAUGCCCAGUGCCUACGCAGCAAGAGAAGCUACCACGUGGGCCAUUGCCUACGAAGCCAGACGAGCCACUGGGUGGCCCACUGCCUACGGAGCCAGACGAGAUACUGCGUGGCCCAUUGCCUACGGAGCUAGACGUGCCACUAGUGGGCCCAUUGCCUACGCGGCCAAAACCACCGGUGAGAUCAAUACAACAGCCAGUUAAAAAGAAUACGGCGAUUGGAGUACAGAUUCCGCAAACACAGGAGCCACUGGGUGGCACAUUGCCUACGCGGCCGAAACCACUAGGGGGGCAAUUGCUAACGCAGCAAAAACCACCGGUGGGAUCGCUACAACAGCCUGUUAAACAGAAUACUGGGAUUGGAGUACAGAUUCAGCAAUCACAGCAGCCACUGGGUGGCCCAUUGCCUACGCGGCCGAAGGCACUAGGAGGCCAAUUGCUAACGCAGCAAAAACCACCGGUGGGAUCGCUACAACAGCCUGUUAAACAGAAUACGGGGAUUGGAGUACAGAUUCAGCAAAUACCAAAGGUUUUCGUGGGACAACAGCCGCAGAAGGAGUACCUGAGUAAACUACAACAGGAGCAACAGAAGAUUCUUCUGGGGCACCUGCAACAGCCGCAACAGAAGACGUUCCUGGGGCAACUGCAACAGGAGCAGCAGAAAAAGAUCCUGGGGCAAUCUCAACAGCAAAAGGAGCCGUUGGGGCAACCACAACCUCAGCAGAAACCACCACAGCAACUGAACAAUUCACUGGUACACUUACAACAGCAACAACAACAUAAGACUUCAGUGGGGCAACUCCAACAACAGCAGCAAAAUCAACCACAGCAGCAUUCAAUGGUGCACCUAAAACACCAACAGCAACAACAGCAAAAGAAGACUUCAUUGGGGCAACUCCAGCAGCAACCACAACAGCAACAGAAGAAGAUUUCAGCGGGGCAACUGCAACAGCAACCACAACAGCAGCUAAGUACUUCCGCGGUGCAGCUCCAACAGCAGCAAAAACUACAAAAAGCGUCCUUAGGGCAGCAGUCAGCAGCUCAAAAGCAAGGAGCGGCCCCAGGGCAACAGCAAAAGUUACCAGUUGGACAAUCCCAGCCCCAGAAGAGAAAAAGUGCUGGACUUCUUCAACAGCAACAGGUGAAGAAAAUCGUGAUGCAACCGCAUCUUCCGAAAACAUCGGUGGUCCUGCCGCGCCCACAACAACUCCCGAAUCCUUUGCUCGUGGCCCAACAGCAAUCACCAAAGACACAGAUGGCUAUACAACUGCUAAACUCUGUGAUGGGCCCACAGUUUCCACCGCAGCAACCUUUGCUUCCCGUUGUCAAUCAAAUUACGCACAAAUCGAUGACUAUUCAGAGACUUCCCAUGUUGCAGACACCGCCGACCGUACAAAAAAUUCUACCAAAACAGAUAGCUCCGCAGCAGACGCCACCACCCGCUCAUAUAUUACAAAAGCAAACAAUGCCAAACGCGGCCAUGCAAAAUCCUCCGUUCGCACACCGUCCACCGAUAGUGCGACCCAUGACGGUAGCCAAGAUCACGCCGGUGCCUACAAACAACAAUGUCUGCAUCCCGAUGAAGCCGCAGAUGGCUAGAGCUGUCAGUCCCCCCAGAGACGCAACAAUGACUGCAGCCCGGACUUUGCCCUUUAAAAGAUCACAGCGCAAGGCAUCUGCAGCACCAAUGACUUCGACGCAUGUCCAGGGAUUCACAGCGAGUGCCACACCUCCACAGCGCCUUCUGGCCACUCCACCGCAUUGUGCCGCGGCCUUGAAUGAGCCACUAUUGCUUAACUUGCCGCCCACCACUAGCAUUACGCCGCAACUGACGCCAACGACAACUCCACCGCCCGUUGGACCAUCGGCAGCAGUUCAGCAACAGCAGCUGGACAAGGCGGCAGCCAUUAAAUUGAAUUCCUUGCCCGGAGCGAGCAUUUCUCCAGUGAACAGGGCUCAAACUGCAAGCGCCAAGCGCAUACAGCCGAUUACCGUGCUCAAGAAAUCCGACGAGGAAUGGCGAAAGCAUCUCGAGCAGCAGCAGCAAAAGAAGCACGUACAAUUGCAGUCUUCCUCGAUGACCACAAUUGUCCUAGUCGAAUCACCGCCCACUACGCCGCCCACGGAUAAGCCGGAGCCGGAGCCGGAGCGCGGGCCAAUGACCGUGGAAAAAUCGUCGAAGCAACCGAUGCCAACAGAUAAACAAUCUGGUGCAAUUAAAAGGCCUGCAGUGAUGAUUUCCAGGAAAAAAUCCGGUUCAGUUGUCACAGAAAUAGUGGAUUUAGAUAAUAUCCCGGAUAUCCCGCUACAAAAGCGCAGGAAAGAAUGUUUUCCUCCAAUUAAGAAUGCAAUCAAGGCAGCACCUUCAGUGAAUGCCCCAUUUACAACUGAGUACGCGGCACUUCUUCGGCUGUGCCGCGAGGUGGACAAAUCGGCUGACAUGGAGCGCCUUGUAAAGGGAGAAUUGACCCAGUAUUACUACAGUGCGCCCGAAAGCUUCGUGAUGUCAUGUGGCUUUCGCAACCUGGUCACAACGGCCAUGGCGAUGAUCCAAAACGAAUCGUACCUGGUGUACGUACACCUAAAGUACGUGUUAGAUGAGUUAGCAUCGCGAAGGCUGACAAAAAUAUUUCCCACAGUACGAGCAAUUCCGCCAGCUAGCCAGUUCCCACUUCCACCAACAUCGUUCACACCCAAGCAGCCAGCGAUGUUGAAUGCGCCGGAGCAGCAGACUGUGAUGGCGGGAAGAGAGCAGGAUGAUGAAAGUGAAGAGGUGACAUUGGUGAAUGUCCAGACCAUUUCUUCCGAAGAUAGGCGUAGGAAUGAGCGCAUACGCCACUUUUAUCGCACGCUGCAUGCUAUUACUAAGCGAAUAAAGAUGUUGGAGGAAGCUGAAGUGGACUUGAACGACGAGGACUCCAGCUAUCUUCAGUUGGAGCGCUUCAAAAAGCGCGCUUGCCAGAUCUAUGAAAAAAUCUGUGAUCUAAAGGGCGAGAGCAAGAGUGUCCGUCGUCAGCUGAAGAAGCCCAUCCAUUUCAAGGAUUCGGACUAUCCACACUUCAAUAACUCGCUAUCGGCUUUUGUGAACAGGAUGCAAGAUUUUCCCGAUUACCACGAUGUGCUUCAAAUACUGGAACAGUGCAACAAGGAAAAGGAACUUGGACUAGCCAAGUACGAGAUGAAGAGAAUCGCCUACGAUGCCUUUAACAAAGUCGGCCGAAUGCUGCAAUCGCGCCGAAAGAAUGAUCUUUACGAAACCGUCACACAUUACACGGCAAAUGGCAAAGAUCCAGCGUCCAGUGAUCCCGAGCUGCUAGCCAAGCUCAAGGAAAACAACAAAAAGCAAACCAAAAUAAGUGAUAUCUUAGAAAAGUAUGCCCUCGAGCAAGAUCUCAAUGCGGAGGAGCGUCAGGAGGCGCGGCUCAAGGAGAAAAAGUUGAAGCAGGUUAAAGCGGACGAGGAGGCCGCCAAGCUGGCUGCAUUGGCGGAGGACGACGACAAGCCCUGCACAAGUGCUCAGGCAGCAGCUAAGGCGGCCGCUCUUGCCGCUUUAAAAAGGGGUCCAGCCGCUCGUGGAAAUGUGAUUCGAAAAAAGCGCUCCGCUAAUGGACGGAUCUUAAAAAUCUACGACGACGAAGAUGACUCGGAGGAGGAAUCGGACUCGGAGGACGACGAUGUUGAGGAAUUUGUCAAUAACUUUCAAGCCAACAGUGAUGUGAGUGAUGCCGACUCCGAAGUGGAAGCAGUAACAUCACCAAAGAGAGAUGCCUUGCCGCUCGCCGAGGAGGAGGAUGUGAUAGAUAUAACGAGAGACGAGACUGGCAAAAAGAAUGACGAAGCCACGCCCAACGGCAGGCUUAAGAUUAUGUCCGUCUCUAGUCUGAACGCCAAUUUUGUCCAUGGGCAGGAUCUGUAUAGAAAGCCCAAUCCCAUGCCGUCUGCUAAGCCAGUCAUUGCUGACCAGAUAAUCAUUUCCGAUGAGGAGUCAUAGAAAGAGUUGUACCCGCAGAUCUAGUUAAGUUAUUUAUUCAAUAUGUUCAGUUUCUUCCUGAAUACGUUCACUACUUGUACAUUUUUCAACUCCCCUUGCUCACAAAAAUGUUAUGAGGUCGACUAUUUAUUUUUGAACAUUAAUCAUUAAAUUUGAUAACUUGAUUGGGUUUAUCCAGAAAUGUUUAAAUAAUUCAAGCGUCGAUGAGUUUACGACAAUUUUUUAUAGACACGUGAAAAACUUUUUUCAUUUAAAACUGUCGUAUAUCCAAACGUUAAGUUCAAAAAUAACUUCCGCCCUUACAUUUUUGUGGUUGUUAAUAAUGGUUGCAAAUUCCACCACGCCUAUUUAUUGUAAAGCCCCCUACCUUUGGGUACAAUCCAGAAAACUUCGGUAGUGUAUAUACGGAAUACUACUAGUCUAAGUUAGUCGUAGAAAAUAAACAGAACGGUGAGAAACGAUGACGCAAAGCGAA